GCCACGGACGACUUCUACAACACUUGUAAAUGCAAGGGCGAGAACUUCUGGAAGGCCAUGCAUUCCUCAAGUGCAGACGCCGGCAAGCUCUUCAAGCCGGUCCGCGACUCUGCUGAGAGCACCUUCACCGACAUUUCCGCCUUGACCACAUGGUCAUGGAAGGAUUCAACAGUUCCUGCGAACAGCUACCAGUUCGACAAGGCGUGGGGUAUUGAUCACGUUCUGCGCGCCAUCGGUGUUUCCGACAAGGCGAAGAAAGAUGGAGGCAGCGUUCAGAUCGUCAAGAUCACUCACGGUGAUGGCGAUGCCAACGGUGGCGGCUACGGUCCAACCCCAUACAACAGUCAGCAACAGUACACAGUUGACGGCCAGACCUACCGCGUGACAGGCAGCAAGUACGCUUUCGGUUUCGACCCGAGCGGAGUCCUCCUAGCAAUGGACCGCAAGUCACCCCAGUAUGCGGGCAGCCAGCGCAACCCCAAGGUCCAGGGUGAUGGUCUGCCAGACCUCCAGUCUUUCUCUGAUGUCGCUUGGCUGAAGUGGAAGGCGACCUCAGGCAGGGCGCCCUCGUCCAUGCGCUACUUCGUGUCGGUCUCCAUCACGAACCUCGAGACUAGGGGCGUCAUCUCAAAAGUACUUGACAAAGCCGCGUAUAGGGAAAUCCCGGCUUGGCCUGGAUACGACGUCGACGCCAACACAGAACAAGGCGCAGCUCUGCUUGGCACACCCAAUGCUCAAGCAUUCAGCUAUUUUCUUUUGCAGCACAAGGCAACCCUUGGCAAUAUAUACAUCUCCCGAGCUCGUGUCUUC